AUGUUGGCAUACGUGAGACACCGCGAGAUUAUCCCCAGAUAUUCGCCGAGGCCUGCCGAGCCCCUGAACUCGCGGCCGAGAAAGGGCGCGAGCUGCGGCAGGCCGUGCUCUAGCACUAGAAUCUCGUCGUCCUCGUGGUGGCUCUCACCUUCAGAACAUUCGGAUGCCCGCGCCGAGGCGGAAGAUGCCGCUCUGUAUGACAUGCCCGCUCCCGCUCGCGACAGCCGCCCUUGGGCUUCGCGUCUGCGCGAGCUUGCCCUGUUCACCUGGGCUCUUCUAGCCACGGCCGCCGUCAUUGUGCUGGCCGUUCGCAACCUCAUCUUUAUGGUCUCGGACGGUAUGGGCCCUGCUUCGCUCUCCCUCACGCGCUCGUUCCGCCAGCUGGUCUAUGACCUCCCAAUCGAUAACACCCUGACGCUGGAUCGUCACUUCUGGGGAACAUCCCGAACAAGAUCCACCUCGAGCCUGGUGACAGACUCGGCCGCCGGCGCGACCGCCUUUUCCUGUGGCCACAAGAGCUAUAACGGCGCCAUUUCGAUGCUGCCAAACUUUACCCCCUGCGGAACCGUGCUCGAGGCCGCCAAGCGCGCCGGCUAUGCGACGGGCCUGGUGGUGACCACUGACAUUACCGACGCCACGCCCGCUUGCUUCGCCGCCCAUGUCAACUACCGGACACAGGAGAACGAGAUCGCGUUGCAAGAGAUUGGCGAGGGCGUGCUGGGCCGGACUGUUGACCUCAUCCUCGGCGGCGGCCGGUGCCAUUUCCUGCCCAACUCGACCGCGGGAAGCUGCCGCGCCGACGAUAUCGACGUGGCCAGAAUCGCGCAGAAGAAGCACGGCUGGGCCUAUGCCAAUGACCGCGCCGGUUUCGAUGCCCUCGCCAUGGGCAAGAACGUCUCGCUGCCGCUGCUCGGCCUGUUUGCCUCCUUGGACAUUCCCUUUGAGAUCGACCGGAGCCACAUGGCCGACGUGUACCCCAGCCUCACGGAGAUGACCGCGACAGCUCUAGCUGCCCUCGAAGAAGCCACCAAGGACAGCGAUAAGGGGUUCUUCCUCAUGAUCGAGGGCAGCCGCAUCGACCACGCCGGCCAUUUCAAUGACCCUGCCGCACAGGUCCGCGAGGUUAUCGAGUAUGACAAGGCCUUCAAGAUGGUCUUGGACUUUCUUGACGAUUCCGACACCGAGGGUGUGCUGGUCGCGACAAGCGACCACGAAACCGGCGGCCUAUCUACAGCGUGGCAGGGACCAGGUGAGUUGCCGGUAUACAGGUGGCACCCAUCGGUUCUCGCGAAGGCCCAAGCGUCGGGCGAGUACCUUUCCCGUCUGCUGCGGGAGCACAUCGCCGCCAACCCCAGCGAAUCAACCGAGGCGCUGUACGCGUGGAUCACCGCCCUGGUCGUGGACCGCCUAGGGAUCACCGACGCGCUCGAGGUCGAGAUUAACGCUCUCGCCUCCAAUCCGACCGACGCCACGGCGCUCUUCUCGCGCAUGGUCAGCUUCCGCGCCCGCAUCGGCUGGAGCACGCACGGCCACAGCGCCGUCGACGUCAACGUCUACAGCUCCGGCGGACACGGGGCCGACCGCCUGCGCGGCAACGUCGAGAACACUGAGAUCGGCAUCUUCCUCCACGACUAUCUUGCCGUCGACGUCGACGCCAUCACGGCGGAACUCCGGGAGAAAAUGCAGCCCAACCAGGAGGAGCAGGACAAGCUGAUACAGAUGCUGGCAGAGGCCGAGGGCGAUUCGGCCGCUCAGUUAGAAAACGGGAACCAUCCGGCAGAUUGGCUGGCGCAGUUUAAUCCACUUUGA